UUGAUUAGAAUGUUUCUUUCUUUUGCCGUAUGCAGACAACAGUUUUUGUUAUAAUCGAAGCGGUAAAAUGGGCGGCUCAAAGAGCACCAGAAAUCAAUAUUUUGCAGCUUUAAGUGUAAAUCUAAUAUCUGUGUCGUUUGGAGCCAAUUUCGGUUGGGUUUCCACAAGCAUUGAUCAAUUGAUGAGGCCCGAAACAAGUCGUCUGACCUCGGAGAUAACCAACGAUGGAUUGGGUUGGCUAACUUCCGUGAUGUCGAUUGGUGGGCUUCUGGGUAGCAUUGUCUUUAGCUGGUUGGCGGACAGAAUUGGUCGUCGAGCCUGUUUUCUUUUUAUGGGUACACUUGUUGCGGUAAACUGGCUCUUGAUUAUUUUUGCCCGCAAUCUCGUCCAAUUGUGCGUGGCACGUGUUUUAGCCGGAGCAAUCGGUGGCGGCUGCUUUGCGGUUAUUCCGGUUUACAUCACUGAAAUGACUGAGGACAGACUUCGCAGCACUUUGGGCACCUUUAUGUCCCUUAGCAUGUGCAUCGGCUUGCUGGUUAUGCACAUUCUGGGAUACUUUCUUGAUUAUGUGACGGUUGCUUGGAUUAUGCUUUUGAUUCCUUCAGCAUUCCUUUGCACCUUUACGUUCAUACCCGAUACACCUGAAUACCUGGAGCGUUAUCAUAAAAAAGGUGUAGAGAACUCUCUCAGAUAUUUUCGAGGUAUCUCUGCAAAUGAGAACGGACAGCUUCAAGCCGAGCUCACCAAAUUGUGCAAGCCUUUCGCCACAUUAGAAAAUGGUCGCGAUCAAAGCGAGGACAACAAACUGCAUUUGAAUGACUUCACUAAUCGCAAAGCACGUAAAGCCUUCUUCAUUGGAUUUGGAAUUAUUUUGGCCAAUCAGUUGACCGGUUGUUUAACAAUGGCCAAGUAUAUCUCUGUCGUCUUUAGAGAUGCUGGCUCCAGUCUAUCGCCUAUUGGAUCGUCGAUCGUUGUCAUCCUCAUUCAGCUGGUGGGCACUUACUCGGCCACGUUAUUUGUGGAGCGAGCUGGUCGAAAGACUUUGAUGCUCAUCUCGACCGCUGGCAUUUGCUUGGGACAAGUUUCCAUGGCUUUCUAUUACUAUAUGGGUCAAUUGAAUAUUGAUUCUAGGCCGUUCAAUUGGUUGCCCAUUGCCUCAUUGUCAUUUAUAAUGUUUUGUAGCUCCAUUGGUCUGUUGGCAGUUGAUCACAUUGUAAUAAGUGAGAUCACACCUCCAAAAAUACGAAGUGUGAUCGUCAGAGUUCAUAUGGUUACAAUGUCCGCGAUAUCCAUCUGCCUUGCAAAGGCGUUUCCUCAUUUGAGCGAAUCGAUGGGAAUUUCUGGAAUUGUUUCUAUGUUUGCAAUCUUCUCAUUUCUGCUAACGAUUUUUAUUGCACUUUAUGUACCCGAGACAAAGGGAAAAUCCAUUCAAGAAAUUCAAGCGAGUUUAUAAUAAAUAAGAUAUUUAUAUUGCUCAACUUUCAAAAACGCGAAUUCAUUGUGAAAGAACACAAUGUUCUUAAAAUGUUCGAUUUGAUGAUAGCAACAUCUUUAGAACUAAAACUGUUGAUAACACAUUAACAUUAUAGUUUAUUGGUUGGUUUAACAGAAACGUGCAAUGCGAAAUAACAGAGCUAUUAUAUUAUUCCAGCGCCAUACUUAAUAGCUUCUACAAUUACUUGCAUGUUUUUUUUUAUCCAAUAGUUAUUUAUCUAAAUUAUUAUUACUAUUGUUUAUACACAAACAAAAACAUACUUUUAAUGCUAUAGUUUUUCUUUUGAAUGGUGUGGGUGUAGACAAAUUCAACAAGUGAGAAAGCUGAAUUCGAAUGUCCUCGACUGUGAGAUACCCUCUUAUCAAUAAAAUCUAUAUUCUAAAAAUAUACCUAAUUUAUAUACCGAAAAAAUGCUAAAAUAUACCGAAGGCUAUAUUUAGAAUAUAAAUGUAGUACUACA